CAAGCAAAAACUGGUGGCCACCAUGCAAUGCAGCAAUGGCAUGACAUGAAUUCACCUUCUCCGAGCCACUCACUCUUUCCUUCACGAGUUCAUGACAUGAUCACUAUCACAUGCACUACCUCUUCAUGCACAAACCUUGCAGGAACUGCACUUCACCCUCUUUCUCUACCCUUCCUAUCCACACCACCAUUUCUAUCUGUGAGUCUCUUCUUCCCCUCCCACUCUCUUCACAAGCCCAUUGCAGUUUCCUCAACCCAGUUCAAACCCAGAAUCCAUUGUGGCAAUGGUAAUAAUAAUGGGAUAGAAGAAGAAGAAGAAGAAGAACCUUGUGAGGUGCAGUGUGAGGUGCAAGUGGUUUCUUGGAGGGAAAGGAGAGUGAAGGCCCAAAUUCCAAUCAAUGCUGACAUUCAUUCCGUUUGGAACGCUCUCACUGAUUAUGAGCAUCUCGCUGAUUUCAUACCAAACCUUGUGUGGAGUGGGAGAAUUCCUUGCCCAUAUCCCGGGCGGAUAUGGUUAGAGCAAAGAGGAUUUCAAAGGUCAAUGUAUUGGCACAUAGAAGCUCGUGUUGUGUUGGAUCUUCAAGAAUCCAUCUAUUCUGCAUGGGAUCGAGAACUUCACUUUUCCAUGGUUGAUGGAGACUUUAAGAAGUUUGAGGGCAAAUGGUCCGUAAAAUCUGGAACAAGGUCAUCAUCAACUAAUUUAUCUUAUGAAGUUAAUGUGAUACCAAGAUUCAAUUUCCCAGCUAUUUUCAUAGAAAGGAUUAUCAGGUCAGAUCUUCCUGUAAACCUCCGAGCUUUGGCUUACAGAGUUGAAAGGAAUAUUUCAGAAAAUAAGAAAUUUCCCCUGCCAGAAAAUCAAUUGCAUAAAACUUCUAGUGCUAUUAGUGAGUCAUCUGCCAGUAAGAUGAAUGAUGUUUUGGGUGGAAGUGAUAAAUUGCUUCCUCGAGAAAACAUGGAAGGUUUGGCCAGCUCAAUUUCUGGUUCCUUGUCCACAUCUUCCAGUGAGGUGAACAUCAACAACUGGGGUGUAUUUGGAAAAGUUUGCAGACUUGACAGGCCUUGUGUGGUGGAUGAAGUUCAUCUCCGUAGAUUUGAUGAACUUUUGGAAAAUGGUGGUGUUCAUCGCUGUGUUUCUGCAAGCAUAACAGUUAAAGCUCCCAUUCGUGAUGUUUGGAAUGUUCUGUCUUCCUAUGAGACUCUUCCUGAGGUAGUUCCAAAUUUAGCAAUCAGCAAGAUUUUAUCAAGAGAUAACAAUAAAGUCCGCAUUCUUCAGGAAGGAUGUAAGGGCCUGCUUUAUAUGGUACUUCAUGCUCGUGUUGUCCUAGACUUGUGUGAAUAUAUAGAACAGGAGAUCAGUUUUGAACAGGUUGAAGGGGACUUUGACUCAUUUCAGGGAAAAUGGACUUUCGAGCAACUAGGAAAUCAUCACACACGGCUAAAGUACUCUGUGGAGUCAAAAAUGUGCAAAGAUACUUUCCUUUCUGAAGCUAUCAUGGAAGAGGUCAUUUAUGAAGAUCUCCCAUCAAAUUUGUGCGCUAUAAGAGACUAUGUUGAAAGCAAGACAGCAUCAAAUAUUUUGGAAGCAUCUGAGAAGAAUACAAGUUCGGGGCAACAAAUUGUUCCAUCUGCCGUUGGAGAUUAUGACAGCUAUAGUUCAGCUGAUGACUUCUCUGAUUGUAAUGCACAAAGCUUAUCACAACAAAGACCAAAAGUUCCAGGCUUGCAGAGGGAUAUUGAAGUCCUAAAAUCUGAACUCCAGAAAUUCGUUGCGGAACACGGACAGGAAGGAUUUAUGCCAAUGAGGAAGCAACUUCGUUUGCUUGGAAGAGUGGAUAUUGAGAAGGCUAUAACUCGCAUGGGUGGAUUCAGAAAGAUUGCUACUAUAAUGAACCUCUCUCUGGCUUACAAACACCGCAAACCAAAGGGUUACUGGGACAAUCUUGAAAAUUUGCAGGAUGAGAUAAGUAGAUUUCAAAGGAGCUGGGGAAUGGACCCUUCAUUUAUGCCCAGCAGAAAGUCAUUUGAACGUGCAGGACGCUUUGACAUAGCACGUGCACUGGAAAAGUGGGGUGGACUUCAUCAAGUUUCUCGCCUUCUGUCCCUCAAGGUGAGGAGACAACGAAGCAGACAACGAAACCUUGCCAAGAAGGAUAAGAAAGUUGAUCAGAUAGCAUCACAUGAUGUAGAUGAUGUAGAUAGUGAGAUCAAGACACCAUCUAGACACCAUCAAGAUACACAAAAAUGGCAUACAGAACUAAAACAGUUGGACAUAAAUUGGGUUGAGUAAAAACAGAAAGUAUAUAUUAUAUGCAUAUAUUGGUUCAAAUAUAAUUUUGUUCUUACAGUAACAUAUGAUUCUUGGCUUCUUUUUUCUGUCUCUCUGUCCAAAUUGGCUUCAAUUGUAAAUGGCAACAUUCCACUGGGAAACUAAAUCUUUAGUGACAGAUAAUGAAAUCUUUCUUCCUUUGGUGGCUUGGUGCCUUCAUUAAAACGAUUAUAGGCAGAGGUUUUAUUUAG